ACAGGGACUGAAGUGGACGUUUUACAGCCCACUAGAGCCAAGACCAGAGCUGGAUUCUUACAAUAUUCACGUGAAAUCACACUGGAUCCAAACACAGCACACACAUGGCUGUUAUUAUCUGAGGGGAACAGGAGAGCAACGUUCACGUGGGAACUUCAGUCUUAUUCUAGUCACCCAGACAGAUUCACUUACUGGCCUCAGGUCCUGAGUAGAGAGAGUCUGACUGGACGUUGUUACUGGGAGGUGGAGAGGAGAGGGAGAGGAGUUUCUGUAGCAGUCGCAUACAAGAAUAUCAGGAGAGGGGUAGGGGAUGAAUGUGGAUUCGGACGAAAUGACAAAUCUUGGGUGUUAUAUUGUAACAACAACAGUUAUACAUUUUGGUCCAACAAUGUCCAAACUCCCGUCUCAGGUCCUGGGUCCUCCAGAGUAGGAGUGUACCUGGAUCACAGUGCAGGUAUUCUGUCCUUCUACAGCGUCUCUGAAACCAUGACUCUCCUCCACAGAGUCCAGACCACGUUCACUCAGCCCCUCUAUGCUGGACUAAGGGUUCCUUUGUCUCCUGGAGACUCUGCUGAGUUGUGUAAAGUGAAAUAGACAGAAGUCAUUUAAGGGUUAAAUUCUGAGUUUUAACUCUUCGUCUUAUUUA